AUGCCAACUGCUGCAGCAGCAUUACACUCUUCUCUGUGUUUCUUUUCUCAGAAGCAGACAUCCCAACCCUCAAUUUCUCAGCAACCAAACAUCCACUUAUCGGCAAAGUCCAAAAGCCUUCUUCACAAGCACCCACUGUACACACCAGCGAAUACAAACAUCUCCUUCGAAAUCAAAGAAAAGAUUCUAUGCCUUGAGAUCAUGGGAGUUGACUCUGGCAAAGCAUUAUCCCAAAACCCCUCUCUCCACACAGCGUCUCUAGACUCAAUUCAGUCCAUAAUCUUCUUUCUCCAAUCCAAAGGAAUCCACCAAAAGGAUUUACCAAGGAUAUUUGGCAUGUGUCCAAAAGUACUAACUUCUAACAUCAGAACUGACCUUAAGCCUGUUUUCAACUUUCUAUCCCAAGACUUAAAAGUCCCAGAUAAUAACUAUAGAAAGGUCAUCAACAAGUGCCCAAGAUUGCUAGUUUCUAGUGUGAGAGACCAGCUUACACCGUGCUUGUUUUAUCUUCAACGGCUUGGGUUUAAAGAUUUGGAAGCUUUGGCUUAUCAGGACUCGGUGUUGUUGGUUUCUAAUGUCGAAAAUACGUUAAUUCCUAAGUUGAAGUACUUGGUGAGCAUAGGGUUUUCAAGAGAUGAGGCUGUGGGUAUGGUUUUGAGGUGUCCAGCAUUGUUCACUUUCAGUGUGGAGAAUAACUUCAAGCCAAAGUUUGACUACUUUGCCGAGGAGAUGAAAGGGAAGUUGAAAGAGUUGAAGGAGUUUCCUCAAUAUUUUACUUUCAGUUUGGAUAAGCGAAUUAAGCCAAGGCACAUGGAGGUUGUGCAAAGUGGGGUCGAAGUACCUUUGCCGCUGAUGCUUAAGAGCAAUGAUGAAGAGUUUGGGGAGUUGAUAAGGCUAGGCCCAGGGGACAGGGCUGGCUAA